AGCAAGGAAUGCACGUGUAUGCGCGAUCAGGGCGCGCACUAGCAUGUAGGUUGGCGCUUGCGUUGCAGAGUCUUCUGAACUUGUCAGCAUCCGAGUUAGUUGGGUCGAGGUUGACAGCGGCAUCACAUUUGCAGAAGGAUGCUGAUCAAAACCACUCCAGCGUCCUAAGUCACUGGAUCGUCUUUGAAUGCUGUUAGAUUUAUUUCGUUUAUUGUUUUUUUUUGCAGUUUUGUGGCCAUGGUUAGUUUAGGGCUUCUUUUGUGCGCCUUCCUGCACGUGUUCUCCAGGAUAGACGGCCAGGCGCCGAACUGCCAGGAGGUUCGUGCCGUCUUCCACACUCUGCACCCGGGGUCCAGGUGGGUCCCCGAAACCGCCGUGUCAGGUGCUGAUCUGCAGGUGUGCCAAACCAAAGGCCCCACCUGCUGUUCCAAAAAGAUGGAGGAGCGAUAUCAGGUAGCUGCUCGUAGCAACAUGGAAUCUGGCCUGCAGGUUGUCAGUGCUCAACUCAAACGUCUCAUCAUCCAGAACGCAGCCAUUUUCCAAGAGGCUUUUGACUUGGUGCUGCGUCACGGCCGGAACUCCACGUUGGCCAUGCUGAAGUCAGAGUUCACUGCUCUGGGAGGUGGGGCCCAGAGCUCAGUCGGGCAGCUCUUCUUGGACAUGUCCCUCUACAUCUUGGGCUCAGACUCCGCAGUGGACCACAUGGUGGCAGUGCUCUAUGGCCGCCUCUUUCAACUGACAUACCGUCGCCUACUUGGGGGUAGCGGGUCUGUAUCAGAAGAGUGUGCUAGAGAAGCCUGGAAGGACUCGGGAGCCUUUGGGCCUUAUCCCAAACUGAUGAUGACUCGUCUAUCCCGCUCGCUCUUAGCAACACGUGUCUUUCUUCAGGCGUUGAAUCUGGGCAUCGAGGUUGUCAAUACCACUGACCACCUGCGACCCAGUCGGGACUGUGGCCGAGCCCUUAUGAGACUGUGGUACUGUCCGCACUGCCAGGGCUUGCUUGGGCCUCCGGCCUGCAAAGGGUUCUGUCAAGCAGUGAUGCAUGGCUGCCUGGGGGGAGCGGCCGAGGUUCAGCCUCAUUGGAAGACCUACGUGGACGGCUUGGGGAAGUUGGCGGCAGCCAUGAGUGGGGACCAGGACAUGGAGGCUGUUGUUCUCAGACUGCCAGCUAUGAUCAGACUAGCUCUCAAACAUGCUGUGAAUGCACGCAGCCGUCUCAGUGGUGCGGUGAGUGGCAUGUGUGGACACUCUCCACAGCGCUCCGCCCGCUCUGUUGCAUCCCCUCCCGUCCAGCAUCCUCCUGGCUCUGCUGCCCGCAACACUCACCCCUCAUCCUCAGACCCGGAUGAGACCUUAGGGGGGCUUCGCAGGGAGUUCGUUUCCAGUCUGAAGGAAUUCAGCUUCUUUUACAGCGGUCUCGGGGAGGCUCUGUGCAGCCGUGAACCUGCACCGGCAAACCACUCCCUCUGCUGGAAUGGGCAGGAAAUGACAGACAGGUUUUCCGGGCCCAGCCUGAAGCGGUCGCACUCGGGUUCUGAAUCCCGGAGCAACAAACCUCUGGAGCCUGUCAUCAGUCAGAUGAUAGACAAACUCAAACAUAUCAACCAGUUGCUGCGGCUCGUGGCGGUAUCGGAGAAGCACUGGAGGGCCCGGACGCGCACAGGUGGUGUGGAUGGCGAAGAAGGCGAAGAGGGAUUUGAGAGUGGCGACUGUGAUGAUGAGGACGAAUGCACCGGUGUCUCCGGCCUUGGACCGCCGCCACGACGCAAACGGUUACGCGUCUUUGCAGACCUCGCAGAUAACCUGGCAAUGGAUGACUUCACCUUCCAGGAGCAACUCCUGACCCCUCGACUGGCCCCCGCCGGGGCAGGAAGAAUCCCCUCACUGGGGGCUGCAGUGUGGAGCUCCUAUCUGGUCCUGACACUCUCCCUGACGCUAUCUUUCCUCCUGCCGCGUCACCACUGACCGUCAGCUCUGUGUCCUCACGUGGAAAGAAACAGUUUCAAAGAUGUUGUUCCAGAGGCUACAUUGUUUUUUAAAGCACACGUGAUGAACUUGCCAUUAUGUAAAUAAGAACCUUGGCCAUCCCCACAAUUACCAGAUGAGUGCCCUGCAGCACCUAAGCCCCCCUCUCAUGAGAGAACCUUGUCAUCGACCUGCAAGUGAGGUGGUCUGGCCCUUUUUCAAACGCUCCCAUUUUCAGGCUGCGCUGAAUUAUUUAUUGCCUUGCAGGCCCGAGAUGUCACCCGUGGUAGUAAAUGACCUCCUGCCUUGACAGGUAAAGACCCACAUUCAGUAUAAUGACACAUUCUGUUGAAAUGCCACUAAAACGUCUCAUAUAUUUCUCUCUCUUGUUGUUUAUGUGUUAGAGAUAGCCAAAUCAUUUCAGACAGGUUGCUCUAACUUGCCCAUUAAAAGGGAGUGAUGGACGAAGAACGUGUGUGUCCCCUGUACAAGUGUAGGUUUCUAUGUGUUAGUACCAUGUUACAGCAAUAGUUACAUAUUUCUUCUGAAAAUAUGAUUUGUGGGUGAAGUGACAUUGCGAGAAAAUACAGUAUUUUACGUGCUACUCUACGUGCUUCUUUCAGGAGGUCCUUAGUUUACAAACUUGUAGCGUUCCUUGUAAGCGAUUUUUAGUGUAAGUGUAAACUUAUACCUGAAUCACCAAAGUCAGACACAUAGAAUACAGUCCUAAAAAGAUUUUAAAAAAGGGGGUCCUAGCCUACAUUUCUGGCUUUUCAGACUUAUCUGUACUGUGGAAUCCCGGUUUUUGUGUGCCCCGGUUUUCAUUUGUUGACAAUAAUGAUUGCCUAAAAUAUGUCCCUGGUAACAUACCAAAGAGUGUCUAAACAAAGCACCCCCUUUUGGUGACUGUCUCUGUGAAGAAUGUAUUUUAGAGUUGGGAAACUAUAGACUAGAGGUGUCGCAAGCUCGUGAAAAACAUGACGAUAUUUCUCUUUUAGGCCCUGUCCACACGGGAACGUUCUUGGGAUUUUUUUUCUUUUGGCGGGUUGAAAAAAAAUUGUAUCCACACUGGGCCGGAUUAUAAAUACAGGGUAGCUCCAUCCAGACGGGAACGGAUAACUGAGUAAAAACGAUGAAAUACACAAAGCACACCUACAUGUGGCGCUGUGAACAGACACAGAACAGAACACAUGACAGAACCAUGUGACACAUCAAACCAUAGAAGAAGAAAGAAUGCAUGCGCGUAAAGUCCGUCGUCUGCCGCUUUCCAAGUCUCUUCUAGACUCACAACAAAGUAGAAUUACAUGUGUGUCAUUUUGGGAGUAUGUACCGGGAAGAAUGUUGACAGCGGUGAGUCAUGACACUCGAAAUAUUCAGAUAUUAUGUUGGCUUGUCGUCAAAGCUCACGUCUGGUGACGUGACUGUGACAGGUUGGUGACAUCAUCGUUUUAAAAAAUGAACAAGCUGUUAGUCCAUACGGAAACGAUGAGCCAGCGUUUUCGAUUUUGCCAUUCCGGAAGGUGGUUUAAAAAAAAUACCGUUUCAGGACACCCAGAACGCCGUUUCGGUGUGGAUGAUAGGCUGAAAUGAUAAAAUGCUUUGACGUUUUGACCUGAAAACGCUUCCCUGUGGAUAGCCCCUUAAAAAAAGCUGUCUCGGGAGAACAGGUCAGCCAGAUGCCAAUCGGACUGUGAACUAUGACAUUGCUACUAUAAUUGAUAACACACGUAAUACAGUAUAGAAGUGUCCGUGCGCGAGGCAUUAUUGGAACCGCACAUUAAGCGCUUUAAGUACACUAUAAACCUUGCAAUCCAACCUACCUCUGUGUCCCCAGUGAUGUGUGGCUGUUUUUUCCAUCAGAAUUAAACAGUUGCUGCAGCGUGAAUGUCCAAGCUGAAGCUGUAAUUCUACAUUUCAUCAAAGUUACCGUAAAUUUCGAACGAUAGAGCGCCCCGGUGUGUAAGCCGCACCCACUAAAGUCAAAGAGAAAAGCGAUUUUUAACACUGUAUAUAGGCCGCAGGUGUUCAUGUCUUAAAAUAGGAUGUUUAGUAGACAGAAAUAUGUUUUAACUUUUGAUGGAAUGAAUGUUUUUUGCCAAACAGUGCGUGUAACCCGGCUAGAGCAGCAACAUGAACAUGACAGAACAUGCAAACUCCAUGCCCAUGCGGAGCUUUGAACCCAGGUCUUCCCGAUCUCCUGACUGUGUGGCCAACAUGCUAACCACUCAUCCACCGUGCGGGCCAAUACAUAUUAUUAUCUUUUUUUUUUAAAUACUGACCCUCACAGUGUCUCCCAGGAACAAUUCUGGCUUGUCAAAUUCAAAUUCACCGCCCGCAACAUCACAAUAAAUGAUUCGUAGAAGCAGCUACAACUGUCCCCAUUGUUUUAACUUUUACUGGUUUUAGGUUUUUUGGCAUUGUUUUGUGACUCAGUUCAAUAAAAAAAAAGUUUAUUUGUUCAGCGCUAUAUUUUGUCAUUGUAGUUUUCUUAAAAGUAAUGUUAAAAUAUUGUCUCUUCUCGUUUUCGUGAACCUAAUAUCAUGCAUCGUCUCAUCUCGUGAGCUGAGGGGAUCGUGACACCACUGCUAUAGACGGAUUCUGGCCAGGGAGUCCCAUAAUCAUUUUUAUUGUGUGUGUGUGGCUUAUUUGGUCAGAGAAUGCACACAGAAUGAUGAACAACUCUGUUUCUGUCCCCUUUCUUCCAUCUAAUAAGCAAAAAAUUGCUUCGGUUUUCAUACGUUUAGGUUUCCGUCUGACCUUUUCAAAUGGAUUAACGACAAAAACUGAGGUUCCACUGUUUACUUAAAAUGUGCUGUUGUUCUCCACGUGGAAGUGUCAUAUCAUGAGGUUGGUGUGUAAAUCUUGUGAACAAUCGGGUCCUAAAAUGUCACAAGAUUUCCGCAAGAGCUUGUGAAUUUUUCACGUCACAAUUUUAAGAAGUCCACGUAUAACAAGUAGCCCAGUGUUUAGCGUUAAUCGGAGGCCACUGCUCAGUGCCGUUUGUCGCUUUUUCUUGAAACUGGCAGCCAGAAAGUGUAUUUUCAGAUUUUCACUUGUGUAUCUAAACCGGAGUUAGACUUUUUUUGUUUUCUAGGGGCUAAAGACCUACCGCACGGUCACUGCUCCUCUGCUUUCAAAACUUUAUAUUCAGCUGUUUUGAGAACAAAGCACAGUUCAACGGAGGAUUCUCCAAUAGUCAUCCAAUUGUAUGUCGUGUUUCAUUUUCUUUACUGAUUGCUGAUAACCAUUAGCACGUAACCAGCUGAGGGUGGCAUAUCCUUAUGUAGGUCUGAAGGGGUGGGGUGCUGGAGCUGACCCACCACCCUUGACCAAAAGCAAUAAAGUAGGCCUCGUCAAACAAGAGGCUGUAGAAUGCGAGAGUUUCGACCAAAAGGAGAAGAAUGCAGAUUUACCCUGUACACAACUUGAGUUUUUUGGAGCAUUUUAUAAAAAGAAAUGUACUAAAGUGUCCCCCUGGGAGGCAAUGUCAUUUCCACCAAGGGCACAGCACAAGGAAGGAGUUGCUUUGGUUAUGAUUGUUAAACAUAAACAAUAAUCAUUUUGAAGAUUCCAAAAAUCCCCAUUGUUUUUCAAGGGACAAAACUCAAUUAUCAAUUUAAAGCAUCCCUGCUGGUGCGCUGGCCCUUUAACAUGUACCCGCAUUUCCUAUUGGCACAGUGAAGGCAAACCAACAUCCUUGAUUUAAUAGACUUCAGCUGUGGUGAAGUAUCCUGCUAAAGUUGGCACAGAAAAGAAAAUGCCAAAACCACAGUUGCAGCAAUUCACUUUCGCUGGUGGCAACUGUUUCAAGCCUUGGCAGAGGUAUGCACUCUCUGAAUGAUUGUUAUUAUUAAACAGUAUAUUUUCACUUUCACAUGUCUUGGUCGUUUAAUGAUUUGUCUUUCUUUUAUUGAAUUACCUUGCUUUGUGUGGUGUCGGUAGUGACCUUUGGAAUCCGGCUUCCUUCUCGCCCAAAGUGUGAAGACUUGUGCUAUCAAGCUGUUUCCACCCAAAUGACAUCAUUUAACAACAGUGGCUCUUGUCCAUUCCAGCACGCAAUAAGCUGCAAUUGAAACUUGUAUUAGUAACAUGUGUUGUUGAUCAUGAGAAUAAUCUCUCCAGAGGCUAAGCAGAAACUGCUGAGUGGUGUAAUCCCCGCUAACGUGCACUGAUUAGAAACAUUUCAUGAAAAUGAAUCAUGAAUGCAUUUUUAAUAUGUAUACUGUUACUGUAUGUCUAAUGUGAAUACAUAUUGUUGUACAGUUAUAAUGAUUUCCUAUAUGUUCAUCAUAUACCAUUUUAUAUUGCCAUUAAAAAGAAAACAUAACCCCCUCU